CAUGUUGCUCCCUCGCGGGAGUAAUUUUUUACAAAUGAAAGUUGGAUACACGUACAAGAAUAUCCCCAUCAUCAGUAAAAAUAAAAAUUCAGUUAUAAAUAAACAGGAAGUAAAGGAGAUCGUAACAAGGAACGGAAGAGACAGGGGAGGGAGGUCCGGUCCGGUCCGGUGGUUAUUUGGCUGGGGGAGCCAGCCAAGGAGAGCCAAGGACGCGCGGGAUCGGGUCUGCCGUCACCACCACCGCCUCCGCCCGCCUGCGUCGCUCUCCGGCCCCGUGCCGUCCCCCACCCCCACCAUUCCUCCUCUCCUCUCCGGCCCCUCCAAUCCAAUCCCGCCGAAUCCACUCCUCCUCCUCCUCGUCCCCCUCCCGCGGCCUCGCCUCGAUCCGGAAGGAAUCUCCGGCCGGCCUCCCUCCCUCCAAUUCCGCGCCCAACUCCCCAGCUUGGGGCCAUUUUGGAAUCGUCCUCCCUCGAGGCGUCUGUCUCGGCCCCAAAGAUCCAAUUCGGUUGGAUUUCUGCUCCCGAGCCGGAGCCCGUCCGGAGGCGCACGACCUGAGACCGGCGCGGAGGGAGUUGAUGCCACCCGGCGAUGGAUCGCCGAGCCUUCAGGAGUAACUCGUGCAACAGCAAGAACACGGCGCCUCCCCCCUCGCCCUCGGCGGCGUCGGCGGCGGUGUACCGGACGUCCUCGGCGCCGGUGGGGGGCUCCAAGGACAACGUCGGCGAGCGCAAGGCGCUGCUGCCCCGGCGCCCCGAGGGCGGCACGGCCCGCAAGGCCUACAAGGGCCCCAAGCGGCGGGUGCAGUGGAAGGACACCCACGGGAAGAAGCUCGCCGAGGUCUUGGAAUUCCAGCCUAGUGAUUCAAGUGACUCGGAUGAUGAUUAUUUGGAUACUUGCAUAUGCUCAGUCAUGUAAAUACCGCAGGGCUGAAUCUCCGGUGCAUCUUGCGCAGGUGGAGAGUACGAGUGUUUAGCAAGAGCUGUAUCUUAAUGUUAUGCAUUGGCCUAACAGUCUUGUAUAGAAAAAGGUUCACUCCAACAGGCUCAAACUAUCUCAUGUAGAGCAAGUCAGGGCUGCGACCUAGCAAGGACUGGCGACGACGAGCCCAUAUCAUCUGUUGAAUGCGCAAGCAGCAGGAAGUUGCGUCAGAAUUUUGAGAUAUCGCCACGCAGCAGUUAGAAAGGAAAAAAAAAGGACACGCGGUGUUCUCAGCAGCAGCCUUGCUCUCUUCCUGACGAGUAACGUUAUGUGUCAUAAGCAAAAUGCUCUUAGAAUCAGACACCGGCAUGUCUUGCGCGGCUGGAAUUGCGACCGAUUUUUUGUCAAUAGUAGUGUCUGCCUCUUGGCAUGUUAACUAACUAGCUGAUGUUCCUGUCUGUCUGUCAGUCUGAUGCUGUCAUCACACGCUUAACAUUAUUCUUGCAUGACUUGAUGUGUGAUGGAUGCUGUAAUUCCAAAGUGCAAGGUUUGUCACA